UUCCGGAGGGCAGGGUGCCAGGGGCCGGGCCCAGAAUAGUGCUGCCCAGCCAGUGUCGCACACUUGCUCUCUGUUGGUCCCGGUUGGCCGCAUGGAGCCUGAACUGCGCAGGGUACAGGGGUUCUGGGGACGCCGUGAGCUGGGACAGCUGAGGCCAGGGGAUUGAGAACAAACCUCACUAACCCAUCCUGGAGCAGCCUCAUGGAACCCAAGCCUCAAGAGAUGAGCUUCCUAGAGCAAGGAAAUAGCACUUCAUGGCCACCACUGGCCACGACCACCAGCUCAAAAAGAACCCAAGGGAAACGGGGGGCCAGGGCCUCAAGAUGGACAAGGCAGGAGGCUGUAGAGGAAGAGGAGCUGCCAGGCCUGGAGGAAGGGGAAGGUCCCCAAUCCAGGCCAGCUACUGAGUCCAUUGGGCUGGAGGCCACAUUCCCCAAGGGAACACCGUUGGCCCAGGCUGCUCCCUUGGCUGGGGUGGACAACCCACUAACGGAGUGGGAUAUCCUCCCCGCUGAGUGUACAGCCUCAGCUGCUAGCUCCAGCACAGAUGACCUGCAGCUGGGCAAAGAAUUCUCCGCUACAGCAGCCUGCAGGUAUGAGCUUGGCCUGCUGGAAGAGAGGCCUGCCCCAUGCCCAUCCCCUCAGGUCUUAUUGCUUAGGCAGGGCUGGGACGACGAGCUGCAGAAGCCAGAGGCCCAGGUCUACAUGCACUUCAUGCAGAAGCACACCUGCUACGAUGCCAUGGCAACCAGCUCCAAGCUGGUCAUCUUCGACACUACGCUGGAGAUCAAAAAGGCCUUCUUUGCCCUGGUGGCCAAUGGUGUCCGUGCAGCACCUCUGUGGGACAGCAAGAAGCAGAGCUUUGUGGGGAUGCUGACCAUCACAGACUUCAUCCUGGUGCUGCAUCGCUAUUACAGGUCCCCCCUGGUCCAGAUCUAUGAGAUUGAAGAACAUAAGAUUGAGACCUGGAGGGAGAUCUACCUUCAAGGCAGCUUCAAGCCUCUGGUCUCCAUCUCUCCUAAUGACAGCCUGUUCGAAGCCGUCUACACCCUCAUCAAGAAUCGGAUCCACCGCCUGCCUGUCCUGGACCCGGUCUCAGGUGACGUGCUCCACAUCAUCACACAUAAGCGGCUACUCAAGUUCCUGCACAUCUUUGGCGCCCUGCUGCCCCGGCCAGCCUUCCUCUCCCGAACCAUCCAAGAUUUGGGCAUCGGCACAUUCCGAGACUUGGCUGUGGUGCUGGAAACAGCGCCCAUCCUGACCGCACUGGAAAUCUUUGUGGACCGGCGCGUGUCUGCUCUGCCUGUGGUCAACGAAGCUGGUCAGGUCGUGGGCCUCUACUCCCGCUUCGAUGUGGUUCACCUGGCUGCCCAGCAAACCUACAACCACCUAGACAUGAGUGUGGGAGAAGCACUGAGGAAGAGGACGCUGUGUCUGGAGGGAGUCCUUUCCUGCCUGCCUGAAGAGAGCUUGGGAGAAGUCAUCGACCGGAUUGUCCAGGAGCAGGUACACCGGUUGGUGCUAGUGGAUGAGACCCAGCAUCUCCUGGGCGUGGUGUCCCUCUCUGACAUCCUUCAGGCUCUGGUGCUCAGCCCUGCUGGCCUGGACCCCCUCAGUGCCUGAGAAUAUCCGAAUCCUCACUCCCAGGCCACCUUCCACACCCGAAGCCAACGAAGGGAGCCAGGGGACUUGGCCUUCAUCUUUCUCCACGCCCAUUAGUUGGUUCAGCUCUGGUUCAGGCUUCUCCAACCCUCCCUGAUUGCCUUUGCCCUGCCUAUGCUCCCGGAAGCCCUCGGAAAUGCCCAGUGCAAGAUGAGUCAAGCCUAGAGAGAGGUCCCUGAAUCAGAGGCACUGGAUUACCCCAGGGCCGACUGUUCCAUAUCCACCCACCUCACUUUCCCCACCUGGCUCGUGACUGGCCCCAGUAGGGUGGCGAGUCCUCAGCCAAUGGCUCUAGUCAGGGACUCUGGAUUCCUCAGCUUCUGGACUACCUGCCACUUGUGCCCCAGCUCCUGGAAGUCCCAGCUGCUCUUCCUCCAUGGGAACCGCCUUAGUGGCUCUCACAACUUUGCCACUGCUCUCCUAUUCUCCCUGCAUUGUCAUUUCAGGGAUGCUGGCUGGGGGCACCCUGGAGCAGCAGUUAUUUGUAGAGCUGUCUGUUGGAGAGGGGUUCUUCCUCCAUUCUUGUCCUCAGCUCUCACCAGCAGUGUUCUCAGUCCCCAGUGAUAGCCCUGUGCUGAGAUAAUGGAGGAUGAACGAUUGAGAAAACAUAAAAAGAACAACCCAUGAACUUAAGUUUCAUACGUUUCACUCAGAAAAUGCUACAGUCAUUUGACCUGAACUUGUGGCAAGAUCCCUGCACUUACUGAAUUCAAAGACAAGAAGGAAAAUCUGUAAUUGGCAAGCGCUGCAAGUGGCGUUUCUUUUGUGACUUUCUGUUGUGUGUUUCUUUUUCAUCCUUUAUUUAUAACAAAACCAUAAAGAAAAUGUUGGUUACUUACAUAGUAGAUACA